AUGAGCACCACUCCCGAAAAUUCUCCAAAACCGCAACAAACUACUCCAACCAAUGAUGGUCAAAAUGAAGAAAACGCGCAAAAGGAAUCGAAGACGCCGGUAUGCCCAUUGCCGCACGAGACUCCAGCGGCUGUGAGAAAUCGUCGCCAUGUACAGGCAGAGUUGCAUGUCGGAUCGCCAUCCGACAACAUGCUCUCUCCAUGCACCAGCAAGCUUUUCGGCAAAAAGAAGGCGGUUUCGGGACCGACAGCGAUAUUGCGCAACAAGCAGCAAUCGUCGAUUCCAUUCAAAGUCGAUGAUGAAUAA